AUGAGAAGAGUUAUGUCAGACGAUGAUAAUCAAGAUAAAAUGCCUUCAGACGAAAGUGCCACAAUUGAGUCAACAAAAGAAAAUGAAGAAGAGCCAAAAGCAGCCACAAUUGAUUCAGAGAUUAAAGAAGAUCCAACAUCAGCUAAAAUUGAGUCAAUAAAAGAGAAAAAAGAUCCAAAAACAGCCACAGCUGAGUCAAAUAUGAAAACAGAGUCAACGGCAUCUACAAAUGAGGAUCCACAAGCAGCUACAUCAUCUAAGAAUGUGACAUAUGAGGAUGGCGUUGCAAUUUACACAGAUGAAGCCACAAAGUAUAAAUAUAAAUGGUGUAAAGACACAAAUCAAUGGAAACCGAUGGAGAAUGAGCAUUAUAAAUGGGACGAAGAAGCACAAAAGUGGGUACCCAAGGCUUCACUUGAGAAUGAAUAUUAUCGAUGGUGUGAUAAAACAAAUCAAUGGAUACCCAAAAUGAAACAAGAAAGUGCUAAUGAAGCAGGUGUUUAUGGUUACGACGACAAGGAAGCAUGUCAAGUUUAUACAGAUCAAGAUGGUGCUGUUUUCUUUUGGGACAAGCUGAAAAAAGCUUGGUUUCCAAGAGUUGAUGACGACUUUCUGGCAUUAUAUCAAUUGAAUUAUGGCUUUGUAGAUAAUACGUCAAGUACAAAGAAAGACGACGACGACGAUAAGCAUAAGGAGUUAGUCAAGUCGAGUGAAAUGGAAGAGACAAACGCAGAGCAGCAAACGGAAGGUGAAUCAUCAGAUGCGCAACAAAGUCUUAUCGGAAAGAAGCGAAAAGCGCCUGCAGAACCACCAAAAUGGUUUGAUGUGGCACCGGAAAAUAAUACAAAAGUUUAUGUUUCAAAUCUUCCGCUCGACAUCACUGAGACGGAAUUUGGUGAUGUGAUGAGUAAAUGUGGAAUGGUCAUGAAGGAUUUAAAGACUGGAAAAUUAAAGCUUAAAUUGUAUCGUGAUAAGAACGGUGAAGUAAAAGGAGACGGACUCUGUCAUUUUAUUAAGCAAAGUUACAUGUGA